CAUAUCAUCCUAAAGAGUAUAUUCGUUAUUUUUCACUGUUGGCUGCUCCUGCAUGUUACAGUUUUCCUUGACCAACGUACAGUUGUUUCCGAUUUUGUAGCAUUCGUUCCCAUAAAAUGAAUUCCUUUUACCGCUUUUCCAGAGGACUUCGUUCAUUCAACCAUGUCAAGACUGGUUUAGCCCAUAGAACAUUUCAGACUUCUUCAGUCAUGAAACAAGUUCAACAUGUCAAGUCACUGGAGGACUAUGCCCAAAGAGUCAACGCUGACAAAGUCACUGUCGUAGAUUUUUAUGCUGACUGGUGUGGACCCUGUAAGUUUCUUAGCCCUUUAUUGGAAAAGUUGAGCAACAGCCAUUCGAAAUCCUCUUUUAUUGCAGUAGAUGCCGAUAAGUACACCGAACUUGCUCAAAAAAAUGAGGUCUAUGCACUUCCUACCGUGGUUUUAUUUAAAAAGGGUCAAGAAUUAGACCGUAUCGUUGGUGCAGACAUUCGCGCAAUCAAUGGCCUUCUCGCAAAAUAUGAAACCUCAUAAUCCUUUUUGAACCAAAAUAAAAACUUGUUUGUCCAUGUCCUUAUCCAUAUCACGUUACAUGAGAAGUAUUCUUUUUUCUAAAUAACAAAAUAUAAAAAAAAAAAAAAAAAAAAAAAAGGGGGAAUAUCUCAUUUCAUUGUUCAAUGAUUAUCCUUUUUUUUUUCUCAUUCGACUACUUUUCAUUUUCGCUCGUUGAACGGAUUCUCAAUCAUGAAAAGGCAUCUUUUAACUGUCGUGUAGUGCUCAAUCGUAUCCGUAGAAUGUAAUCUGCGUGCCAGUGCUAAAUGUAAAGCAAAGUCUGUUUCGACGUAAAAGGAUGUCAAUUAAUUUCUUUCCGGUGCUAAAGGACAAUUGGAAUAUUAAACAAUUGUUUAGAUAUACCACCAUGUACAUACCCAUGUAUGCUUCAAAUUUCAGUCCCUUUCAUCCUGGUUAUAAAAGGAUAGUAGAGCUUGUAUACAUAGUACAAUCUUCAAGGGAUCAGACGUCUUAAAUAGGUCUACCAGUCGAUUCAUCGUGCCUUCAUCAUCACAACAACUAAGCAUCAAAGCAGCAUAGGCAAUUUGGUGUGGAUGAGCCAGAAGACAUAAAUCAGUCGCGUAAGAAUCGUUCACAAUAUUCCUUAUAAAAAAUUAGUGCUAAUCAUUAUAAUUUGCCUUACCAUGCUAGUUGUAUUUGAGUUUUCGUAAUCAACCCAUCUCGAAAGAUCUUUUCUAAUGUCGGAUAUGGAUGAUAAACAAUAAGAUAUGCUUCCAAAACAGAAAUUAUUUCAAACUCCAGAGCAGCUACUUGUGAUCUGUCUAUUGGUAGCGAAGAAUUCCAAAGUGCAUUCGCUUCGUUACAGAUUGUCCGAAUAUGAACUGGACUCUCUUCUACUUUGCAAGCUAAGUACACACAAGCCGAAACAUGUUGUUCCAAAGUAUGCUCAACUUUCCCUUUUCUCUUUGAAAGGUAUCGCUUUAAAAGGACAGAAGCAGUCGCCAUAACCCUUUGAUGGAGUUUGAUUUUAUCCCCAAUCUCCUGAAUUCCUUUAAAUAGUUAGGGAAUCCUGUACAUAACGAUCCAUUAAUUCAAACUUACGUUCCCAAUGUAAAGUCGAUUCUUCGCUAAAUGCAUUGGUCUCUGACAACUUUGGCUUCGCUGGCAAGUAGAAUUGUAUCCUUAAAGGUUAGCAAAUUGUAGACUGUUAGAUUUAGAAAAGAAAAGGUUUAUAGCCAAGAAAGCCAGCAAGAAUAUCCACGCACCGAACAUUCGUUUCGUAAACUACUUCAACGAGAGCAGCGUUUCUCUGUUCUACAAUAAAUAAAGAACAAGAAAGAUCUUUUAUAGGUCAGAAGGAAGAUGCUUUCAAGGAGAUUCUUCCCCUCGUUCCCAGCGCGUACGCUUCAAAAUCCGCAAACAAACCAAGCUCAAACCUUCUUCUCGAUAUGAAAG